UGAUAGGCCGCGCCGCGCGAGGUUUGUAGUAGGAGGACUGGAGGACGCACAAGGUCGGCGCGGGUCCGCGCAUGCGUCCGCGCAUGCGCAGAAAGAGCGACGGGCGGACGGACGCGGGUAUAAGAAGCGCGGUCGGCCGGAGCUCGGGCGCAGCGAUGUACCGCGAGCUGCAGGAGGAGGACGGACCCUUGGAGCGCGUCCUGCUCAGGGACUUCGCCCCCGAGUUCCGCCCCGGCUACGUGCGGGCCCAGGGGGCGCUGGUGCCGCGCCGCUUCGCCGACAUGGGCGACCUCGUGCGCGACCUGGGCGUGCGCGACGACGACACCUGGGUCGUCAGCUUCCCCAAGACCGGCACCACGUGGACCCAGGAGAUGGUGUGGUGCAUCGCAAACGACCUUGACUUCGAGGGUGCCAAGGUGCCCUUGCCGGAGAGAUUCCCCUUCCUGGACCACUCGGCGCUGUUCGACUACACGGACAUCCUCCCCAAGAAGCCGGACCUGAGGCUGCCGGGAUACGUGCUGGACUCGGUGGGCCACGUGGCAGACCUGCCCGGCCCGCGGUUCGUCAAGACCCACCUGCCCUGGAGCCUGCUGCCACGCCAGAUCAGGGACACUCAGCGCCGGCCCAAGAUAAUUUACGUCGCUCGGAACCCCAAGGACACGUGCGUGUCCUACUAUCACCACUGCAAGCUCCUGGAAGGAUACCAGGGCGACUUCGAUGACUUCUGCAAGCUGUUCCUCGGAGACACGUUGUGCUUCUCGCCUUUCUGGUCUCACGUGCUGGCGUUCUGGGAGCGACGCUCAGAGCCUAACAUAUUGUUCCUCAAAUACGAAGACAUGAAAAAGGACCUGCCGUCUGUGAUCCGGCGCACUGCGGACUUCCUGGAGCGGAAGCUGAGCGACGAGGACGUGGACGUGCUGGCUGAGCACCUGAGCUUCGACAGCAUGCGGAAGAACCGCUCCGUCAACUACGAGGAGGUGGUCGAGAUCAACAGGAACUUCGGGCUCAUCCCUGCCGAGGGACAGUUCAUGCGCGCCGGUCGCGUGGGCGAGUGGCGUGCGGCCAUGAGCCCCGAGCUGGUGCGGCAGUUCGAUGCCUGGACAGAGGAGCACUUGGCCGGCACGGGACUGUCCUUCUAGCAACUCCUUGGUGCUUUCUUCCUCCAAGGACCUCCUGGUCAACAUGGACUGCCCUUAUAGCAGCUCCUUGGUGCUUCCUUCAUCCGAGGACCUCCUGGUCAACAUGGACUGCCCUUCUAGUAGCUCCUUGGUGCUUCCUUCAUCCAAGGACCUCUUGGUCAACAUGGACUGCCCUUCUAUCAGCUCCUUGGUGCUUUCUUCCUUCAAGGAAAUCCUGGCAAACAUAGGGUGUCCUUCUAGCAGCUCCUUGGUUUUUUCCUCCUCCAAGGACCUCCUGGUCAACAUUGGGCUGUUCCUUUAGCAGAUCCUUGGUCACCUUUUCCCUCUCCCCUCGCAUACAUAUCUGCAAAGGACACUCAGUGUGUGAGUGGUAAUAUCGCUCACGUCACAGUAGAAUAAUUAUGUAUGUUUAUACUGAAGAUCUUCAGAAACUAGUUGUUGAUUUUUUUGUUGUGGUAAAAGCAAGUAACUGUAGAUUUGUAGCACAUUCGUGUAGGACUUACAAUGUAUACCAAAUGUGAGCUGUAAUUCACUUUAUUUCUUAUCUUUAUAGGAAGAGUUUAUUUUGUAUGAAGUAGAGAUUUAUUUUUAAAUUGGCUAUAAAUAAGUUCUGUAAAAUUGAUAAUAUUUUGUUAGUGGAUUAACUAGAAAAGAUAUUUACAACUAGUCUACAGGAUGAUUUGUGUUCUAUUUCCAGAGGAGUUACCCGAAUUAUUUUAUAAGUGGAAACAUGGUGUAUUUUACCAGUGAUUUAGGGUAUUCGCUGUUCCUCCAAAAUCACAUCCUUUCAUUUCUUUCUCGUAAUGCUUCAUACCUUGUUUGCCUAUAGGCCUGAAACUACCCCAAUGGGCCCUCAGUUCAGAAAAUCUUCCCCUUGCUGGGGUCUGUCUCGUCCUCAAAUGUAGCACCAGUAUGAUUUAUAUUUAGAUCAUCUUUUUUUAGUUCACUUGCACCAACAUGUCAUUAUAUCUAAAUUUUUUUAUAAAGUAAGUUACAUGAGAUAUCCUAUCAAGUUUUUUAUAACUUAAUUUUAUGACAAUUUUGUUUGAAAUGAUAAGUAUUUGGGUACUAAGUAUAAUAUAAAAUUACAAAAA